AGUGCGCGGGUUUUGAAAAAUUUGGCCUAAAAGGGAAUGUCCGAAGAAGCACAUCAACUAACUACUGAUAUACCCGAAACGACAUUAACCAUGAGUGAAAGUGUCGGAGACAGUGUAGAUGACAUUCUCAAUCUAUUGAAGAAGGACUAUUCAGACGUUUUGUCACUCAAAGCAUUGGGAGAUCAGUUACGAGAUGAGACAGUCCGAGCUAACCCCGUCAUUGCCCAAUCAUUACCAUUACUAACGACUAUUGUCAGUAAUGCCUUUACUAAUACUAAUAAUAGACAAGUCCAGCUAGAAGGGUUGCGUGUACUUAUUAACAGUAUGGCCUUCAAUGAUGUCAAUCGUAGUGAAGUUAUGAAGUCAGACUCCGAAACGUUAUCGUUCUGGAAAUGUGUUUCCGCAGAGCUCAGUUCGACCGACGAAGAGAUCGGGACAAGAAUUGUCUUGUUGUUGUCUCAGUUCAUAUACGACACGGACCAUAAGAAUGAGUAUGUCAAGCAAUUGUAUCAGUAUGGGUUGUACGAAUCGACAUUGAACUUCUUGAAGUCUAUUGACUCUGAGAUAUCGCAAGAUGUCGUUGCGUACGACAAGCAUAUCGAGUUGUUGCAUGAACUUAUUGUAGAUAAUGGUCAGGAGAUUGCACAGGACCAGGCGUCCAGUGUAUGCAGAGUGAUUGAACUAUUGCUUAGAGUGAUUGAAUCAGCAGUGGGUGAUGUGUCGGUUGAUGCCACUGAUGAGGAUUAUCAGCUGGUGUUGGGUAGACUAUUCCAAACUUUGGCGAUAGUGACUGGUUAUAGUCAGAUCCCCAAUAUUGAUGGAAUAAGAGAUGCGUUUAAGAGAUUAGUGUCGCUAUUUGUGACUCCGAAGCAAUGGAUAACUGAAUUAUCGGUCAGACGAUCUUUUGUGCCUUCAGUAACCAACUUCCUAUUCAUUGAAUCAUAUACCCAGGGAGCUGAAGACUUGUUAUUUAUCAUAGAUGUACUUAAGGGGAUAAAGAAUACUCCUCCUGAAUAUGAGGUGGAUUCAUACUUAAUAUGUGCCUGUGUGGUAUAUCUUGGAAACUACAUCCAUAAUGAAGCCACUGCUUCACAGGUUAGACAGCUCAUCGCUGCCCAUAUUACUGAUGGAUUGUCGGGAUUUGUGCUGCUAAUCUUAUCAAGAAUCAAACUUACGGAUGUUAUAUUAGUCCAAUCUUUACAUCCAUUAGCCAAUCUCAUGAAUGGUGUGCUUGCUCAUACUAUACUACAAAGUGAAAGUAACUAUAAGUCUUUGUUAACCUAUAACAAAAUCAUUCUAGAUAAUAAAGACUUUUACCCAGAGAUACUUUCGGUAUAUCUCAAGUUUAUCUAUAAGUUAAUCCGUCAUGAAUUCUUGUUGUCACAAGACGAAGAAGGGGAUCAUAAAAGUGGUGUCUUUGAAUUUAGCAAGCUAUGGAAGUCGAUCAUUGAUUCUACUAAUGAUCAGUUAAUCCAGCUAUACCUUAUAGAGGCCAUCAUUACCAAUUUCAAUGUAGUCAGUCAUUAUUCCUCUGACAAUAUUCUACUUAUUCGGUCAUUGAUUACUUCUGCCAUGGGUAAGUUAGAUUCGUCUCCCCAAUUAGAAGUAACUCUACAAAAACUAAAGGCUAUAGGAAUUUUCAAUCAUACUCUCUUAUCUAAGGAAAUAGGAUUAGAUAAGCUUAUUGCUUCCUUAUAUGAUAAAGACUGUUCUAUGUUUAGUAGCUUAUACUUAAGACCCUACUAUGAUUUCUUAAUCCAAUUACAACAAUUAAGUACUAACAAACAGGGACAUUCCAGUGAUGACUUAAUACUUAACAAUGCAAAGUUUAUCGCAGGAACUUCGCUUCCGCUAUUCCGCGAUCUUCUACAAACUGAUGCCACAUCACAGACGGAUGUUCAUAUCGUGAAACAGAUAUGCACCGUAUGUACCGACGUUACACAACUAUAAAUAACAUUAUAAUUGUAAAUUACGCAGUGAAAUUACCCCGCUCAUAACCUUAGUAGUUAUCGUUAUACAGUUUCAUUUCUAUACAGUAUAGCAAUUUACUUAGCAAUUAUAAUUAAAAAGUUUCCUAUUCUCUUUCUCUUUCCCUUAGCUGAUUUCUGCUCACUGAAUGGCCCGAUACCGCAGACGGCAAUAGACGGUAAAAGUGCGGUGAGGCUGUCGUCAGAAAAAAUUUUCCAAUUGCCGUAGUUUACCUUUUAGCAACCACAGCGUUAAUACCCCAGCCUUAUCACUAUAAAGUGGAGUUGGAUUUCCAUCUCGGAG